GUCUUAAAAAGGCAGUAACCCUUAGUGAUUGGAAUUGUAUGAGCCCUAGUCCUGAGUUGUAACUGAGCCUUUUGGAGUCUUCCUGGAUAGGAAAUGUGGAGGACAGUUUUCACUUAAUAUUUCUUUUGGAUGUAGGAAAUACAUUUGUAUUCAUUGUUCAUACUUUGAACUUACGAGCAUCCUGCUAUUAUCACAGUACAAAUUUUAGUGCUCAAAAAGAACAUUAAAGCAGAGUUGCGUAAGGUUGUCCUAAUAUCAGCCUCUGAAUCAAAUGUCUCUUAUUUGGCUUUUUGAUGUGACUUUUUUCAUGUUUACUGUUUCCUUUGUGAGAGUCUCUUGUCUCUGUUCAGUCAUCUGCCAGUUUCUGGGUGCAAAAUAUUUGACAGUACAUCUGAGAGGAGGGAAGUCUGCAGUGGUGCUAGUUCUUAGCAUAAAGAGUUUUGAGACUGGCUGAUUUCUCAGGAUCAACACUCCCCAACGUUCCAACAGCUAUAGGAAAAGGAUGGAGUUAGAGCACCUGAAGAGUCUGCGUCAGGUGAACCAGAACCUUCUACAAAGGCUCAGAAUCAAGCAGGAAGAGAUCAGGAAAAGAGUUCCCAGCAAGUCGCUCUUUCCAGCAUCUCUUCAUAAUAGAGCAGCUACUGAAAGAUCCGUCCCCUUGCCCAAGAGAGGGAAGGAAAAUCAGGUUGAUGCUGUGAAGUCUACAGCUGACCCUGCAAUGUUGGUGUCUGUGGAACCUGGAGUUUACAGAGCCAGAGCAGCCCUCUGUUCAUCUCUUAAACACAGCAGCAAUGACAGAGGGGUACAGCAACAACAGGCGAAGAUGCAGGAAGCAGUAGGUUUGGAUUCCAGCUUUCCUGGGAAAGAGAAGAAUGUUACGCCAGUGUCUGCAGACAUUACAUGUGGCAGAGAACCUUCCAGAGUGGAUAGGGAUGGCUGUGCUCAAGGAAGUCCAGAGAACGAAUCCUUCCUUCUGGGACAUGGAGAGAACAGAAAACAGUCUCCUCUGCUACAUGGUUUCCAUGAGAAAAAACAGAUUAGGGGUCAUCUGGAGCCAUCACUAAGCAGAAUAAAAAGUGACCAGACCAGCAAGCUGCAUGGAGUCAUUAGAGAGCCCAGAGUCCAUAAAUCAGUCUUGCAGGCAUCUCAGUCCAAAGAGUUGAAGAAGGAAGCUGGUCAUGUGGCUUUUCACUCUGACCCUGAAGAAUAUACCAUACCUGAGAGCAUCUGGUCUGUGCAUCCUUUCCUGGGCUAUGACUGGAUUGCAGGGCUCCUAGAUACAAACUCUUCAGUAGCAGAAAAAUCUGACGAAUACUUUGCUGAGCUGCACGAGUUCCGACAGGCCAACAAAGAAGCUUGUAUUCAUGAGCAACACCUGGAGCCCAAGGCUCUGGAUUACAUAGUUCCUGAACAAGAACCAGAUUUGAUAACCAGUUCCCAUAAGUGUGUUUACUGCUACCGAUUAAACCAGCGCCUCUUCACUGUCCCUGUGGAUUCAGAAUCUUCCUGCUCUGUGUGUAACAUCCCACGUACUCACCAGCCCCCAGAGAUACUGGAAGAGCCAGCCUAUGUGAGGGUCAGCAUUCCCAGGUCUACCCUUAUGCCUGCCUACAAAUACAAAGCCCAUCGCAGGAAGAGCUUUGAGCCAGCAGACAAUCUAGCCUUACCUUCGCAUUGCCUAGCUGGCUGGGAAAAUAUCAUCCCUUCCAGCAACCCCAGGCUCAGCAGUUUGGAUCUGCAAGCUUCACUGGAAAAGAAGCCUUCUCAGCAUCCUUGCCUGGAAACCAUUUUCCUUCUGCUGCUGUGUAAACUAGUGUGCUCAAACACAAAAAAGAAAACGGAGGUGGAUAACAGGCAAAAGCCUGUUCAGCUCACCAGUCUUCAUCAAAAUGGUAAAAGUCACUUUGGCAUUCUUUGUUUAAUAUCCUCUUCUUUUGGAUUCCAGAACUCGGUGUCCAGAGUGUCAGGAGGGACCAGAACUGACCAGCUUCUGAAGCUGACCCACACGACACACUUCUGAUUUAGCAGUGCUUCUCAGCAGAGGGAGCAAAACAAACCUGGAUGCUACAGAGCCGCUCCAAGUUUAAAUCUGAGUGCCUCAAUUCUGUGAACCACCGACUUGAGUGCCCUGGGGAAGGGAUGGGUACAGGGUGUGGAAACAACUCUAUUUGGAUAAAAAUAAAUCUUGGAACAGA